AUGUCACAUUUUUCACUUCUUACAUUUAUUUUUAUUUGCUUUUCUUGUUUAAUGGUUAUUUCUCUUGGAAUAACCAAUGGUUUUAGCAUUGAACUCGUUCAUCGAGAUUCUUUCAAAUCACCACUUUACAAUCCUACACAAACUAAAGUUCAAAGAAGUUUCAAUGUUGUGCAUCGGUCUAUCAAUCGUGCCAAUUAUUUUUACAAUAAACUUUUUUCGACUGAAAACAAACUUGAGACAUAUAUGCCCUAUGAUGACAGUAACGGUGAAUAUCUCAUAAGUUAUUCGAUUGGUACCCCAUCAUUUAAGGUUUUUGGGAUUAUAGAUACAGCUAGUAACUUAAUUUGGCUUCAAUGCAAACCAUGUCAUACAUGUUACAACCAAACCUCUCCUAUUUUUAAUCCUUCAAAAUCUUCUAGUUACAAAAAUAUUUCAUGCUCAUCUAGAACAUGUAAAUCUAUGGAAGAUACUUCUUGUUCUGACGAUGUUUGCCAAUAUAUAUUGGAUUAUGGUCAUGGAUAUGAUACACAUGGAGAUCUUAGUGUAGAGACUCUUACAUUGGAGUCUGCCACAGACUCUUUUGUCUCAUUUCCUGAAAUUGUUAUAGGAUGUGGACACAAUAAUGGUGACCCAACUUAUAAUGGUCCAAAUUCAGGUGUAAUUGGCUUUGGAAGUGGAGAUAUGUCACUGAUAAAACAAUUAGGAUCUUCUAUUGGAGGAAAAUUCUCAUACUGUUUAGUUGACCAAUAUAAUAGCAAGUCUAUUAGAUCUAGCAAACUCAAUUUUGGAGAUGAAGCUAUUGUUACCGGUGAUAAUGUUGUAUCAACUCCUAUAGUAAAAAUGAUAGGAAAUCGUCAAAAAGACUAUUACUAUCUAACUGUGAAAGCAUUUAGUGUGGGAAAUAAAAGAAUAAAGUAUAGAGGGUUUAAACGUGAAGGAACAAAUGCUUCUACGAAUAAUAUCAUAAUUGACUCUGGUACAACUGUAUCGAUUCUUCCACAUCAUUUUUACUAUAGGUUGGAAUCAGCUGUGAAAAAAGUGGUUAAACUAGAGCGUUUUCGAGUUCGUGAAGAUCCAUCUAGCCUUUGUUACAAUACCACAUCCAAACAACAAAAGUUACCACUAAUUACAACACAUUUUAAGGGUGCAGAUGUUAAGUUAGAUUCAAAAGGCGCAUUUUAUUCUCUACACGACGGGGUUGAAUGCUUUGCAUUUCGCCCGUUUAAAAAUGGAUUAGGCAUCUUUGGAAACAUGGCACAAAUAAACUAUUUGAUUGGUUAUGACCUCAACAAAAAUAUUGUCUCUUUCAAACCUACUGAUUGUGCCAACUAUUGA